UGCACUUUAUUAAAAGGUGUUAUUGUAUUUUUACCCACUUCCUGUGUAUGUCUUAAGUUCUGCCUCAUAGACAUCUGCAUGAACUGAGAAGGAGGAGUAAUCAGAGAGAGAGGAGGAAUAUAAGAAAGUACCAGAAAGAGAUCAUCUUUCUGGUACUGAGAAGAAAGAGAACAAAGACAGACCCCUGCUGCAACAGAAAAAUGGCAAAUGGGAACACCACUUCCACUCCAGCUGGGGUGGACAACGUAAUCAGGAAUUUGCGUAUAGCCUCUGUAGCAAUCUACUGUGUGGUAGUGAUAGUUGGGACUGUGGGCAAUGGUUUGGUCAUCUACGUGACAGCCUUCAGGAUGAAGAGAACAGUCAACUCAGUAUGGUUUCUCAACUUGGCAAUAGCAGACUUCCUCUUUCUGGCCUUCCUGAUUUUCACAAUCAUUUCAUUCUCUCAGGAAUACCACUGGCCUUUUGGACUUGUAAUGUGCAAGCUCAACAACUUUGUGACUGUAGUCACCAUGUUUGCCAGUAUCUUCCUUCUGAUGGCCAUAAGUCUGGACCGUUGCCUGUCCGUCUGGGUGGUAGUGUGGGCACAAAAUAAGCGCACUGUUCGCAAAGCAGUGCUCAUAAGUGUUGCAAUCUGGGUGGCUGCUGUGAUCUGCAGCACACCUUAUGCCAUUUUUCGCCUGAUUUGGUCAAAAUCGGGAAAGACGUUUUGUUCCUACCCAAUUACAACACCAAUGCAGAGUCUUGUCAUUUUUCGCUUUUCCAUGGGCUUCCUCAUUCCAUUCCUGGCUAUAUUGGCCUCCUAUGUGGCCAUAGGAGCUCGUGCAAGGCGCCUGCAGAGGAGAAACAGACAGAGGUCUUGCCGAAUCAUUUUCUCAAUCAUCCUUGCAUUCUUCAUCUGCUGGUUGCCCUACCAUGUUAUGUCUUUUAUUGAAUUACGUGUUGACAGACGUUUGUCUCAUAUUAAGAUUGCAGGUUCUCUCACUGUAUGUUUGGCUUAUACAAACAGCUGCCUGAACCCCAUUCUUUAUGUUUUCAUGUGUCAUGAAUUCCAGAACAAGCUUAAGCAGUCCAUAUGCUUUGUCUUAGAGAAUGCCCUGGCAGAAGACCACUUGUCAUUUAUGUCCUCCCGCUCCAUGUCGUCCCACUUGUCACGAAUUUCCCGUAAAUCUGACUCUGCUGCACCUGUGGAGAAAAGCACGUCCACUUCCUUAAAGUCCACAGAAAGUAAAGUGGUUUUCAGUGAGUGUAGAGAGAACACUGAGCACUGAUUAAGAUGUCCACAUCUGGCAGGCGAUGUAAAUUGUACUGGUUUCACAUCUUUUUAAACCCAAUGACAAAAGUAGAUUGACAGUAGAAAAUGGCAUUGCAAAUUAAUUAAUUGUAAAAUGUAAUUAAUUUUACAAAUUAGUACAUUUGUAAAAAAAAAAAGAAAUCUGUAGAAUAAUUGCUAUGUGUGAUCUUAAUUUCUCUAUGUUAAAGUGUCAACUCAUCAACUGAUGUUUUCACAUCCAGCUGAUAAAAUCUUCUCACUUUUGUUGCACUUGCAACCUCAGCUUUUUUCUAACUAGCACAUGAGCUCCUAACAUGUUCAAGCUGUAACUGGUCAAAAUAACAGAAAACAUCUUAAUGGAUGUGCUGCAGUUUUAAAAUGUAAGUAUUAAGUUUUAUGUAACAAUGAAUGUAAUACAUUUAAAAUUAACUGUUUUGUACUUUCUGCCAUCAGAUAUGAAAUUUCCUGUAGUUCAUUGGAUAAAGAGACCAGGUUCAUGUUUGUAAGUUUUUAAUGCUCCAGCUUAUUUACCUGUUUACUGAAAAGCUAUUUGUAUAUAAAAGCAUUCAUGAUACUGUCAGACAAGACUGCAUUUUAAUAACUGAACUUUAUGCUUUUCACUACAGUGAAUAAAAACUUUUUCUGAA